AGCUACUCAUCAUAAAUCAGUAUCAAUUGAGCCCCAGAAGAAUGGCGAUUUUACUACUAGCUUUUCUCUUCUUCACAUCUCUUUGGCUCUCCAUAGUAGCAUUUAUAGCCAAGAAGAAAAGCUGUUAUUCCGCCGUUGAAUGGCCGGUGGUGGGCAUGCUUCCGGCCCUCCUUUGUAACGCAACCACUGAUCUCCACGGUUUCAUCACUCGACUCGUCAAAGAAAGCGGCGGCACGUUCCUGUUCAAAGGCCCCUGCUUCGCCAACCUGGACUUCGUCGUCACCAGCGAUCCGAUGAAUGCCCACCACGUCUUUAGCAAGAACUUUGCCAACUAUGGGAAGGGUGAGGAUUUCAAAGCGAUGUUCGAGGAGCUUUUCGGAGAAGGGAUCGUCAACUCCGAUGGGGAAUCGUGGAGGUUUCAACGGCAGAGGAUCCAUUCCUUGUUGAGCAAACAAGGGUUCGAAAACUACGUUAUGAAAACCCUUCAUCAGAAGAUGGAGGGCACCUUGUUCCGAGUCCUUGAUGAUGCUUGUAAUUCGACGCGAGGGCUUGGAACUGUUGAGGUGGACAUACAGGACGUGGUGAGCAGGUUCAUGUUCGACAACAUAUGCAUGUGGGUCUUGGGAUUCGAUCCAGGUUACCUUUGUGUUGACAGGCAAUUAAGUACCUUCUCAUGCGGCAAAGCAUUUGAUGAAAUCGAGGAGGCUAUCAUAUACCGACAUAUCGUCCCCAGAAGUAUAUGGGAACUUCAGAAAAGGUUUGGGAUUGGAUCAGAGAAGAAGAUUAGUCAAAGUACUAAGGUCUUGGACGAUUUCUUAUAUGAUGUCGUGAAGACCAAGAAACAAGAGUUGCACAAAGAAGAGCAACAUCAACAACUUGACUUGCUAACACAAUGGUUGGUAGCGGACCAGAAACGAGAAAGUUCAGAUAAAUUUCUAAGAGACAUUGGAGUGACAUUAGUUGCAGCUGGGAGAGACACCGUGUCUUCCGCUAUAACUUGGUUGCUUUGGUUGGUUGCAACCCAUCCUGAGGAUGAGAGAAAGAUUCUCGAGGAGAUUGAGCGAGUAGUGACAACGGCUACACAACGACCAACUCCUGGAGAAGGAUUAGGUGUUUUGCUUAUUAGUAACGACGAUAUGAAUAGGCUUGUGUAUCUCCAUGCAACAAUUUGCGAAACAUUGAGGUUGUACCCACCCGCGCCAUUCGAGCUUAGAUGUGCUAUUGAAGAUGAUGUGCUACCUAGCGACCAUCGCAUUCAUAAGGGCACUAGAGUUUUGUUCUCCAUAUACUCCAUGGGGAGGAUGGAAGAGAUAUGGGGAAAAGAUUGCUUGGAGUUCAAACCUCAAAGAUGGAUUUCUAAACAAGGGGGCAUAAUUCACAUUCCGUCCUACAAGUUUAUGAAUUUUUUGGCAGGGCCAAGGUCGUGCUUGGGGAAGAUGUUGUCUUUUAUGCAACUCAAGUUCAUAGUUAGUAGUCUUCUAUGGAACUACAAGUUUGAUAUGGUAGAGGGUCAACUUGUGAAGCCACUUGCUUCUAUUAUGUUGCCAAUGGAAAACGGCUUGAAGAUGAAAGUUUUCAAGAGAGAUGUUUAGUAUAUUCUUCCUAACAAUUGUGGUAUGUAAUAAAUAUUCGCGUGAGUUGGAUUUCUUUCAAAAUAACAUGGUAAUAUAUUAUUAUUGUCGUAUACAACAAAUACACGUUAUUAUGUGAUAUGAGUAGAUGACUAACGAUUCAAUAUUUUAGGAUUAGAUCACAAAAUCAACAUCUAAAGUGUUUUUAAGAAUUUCGUGGAUGCAAUAUACAUAGAUUCUUUAU